AUGGGGGGGCCGUAUCCAUUGCCGUAUUGGACACUUGGGGCCCGUUCCGCGGUAUCUGUUGAUGUGCCCGUCACUGCAGUGUUCCUGGUUCUAUUCCUCAUGGGGGCAGCAACACAUAUCACCAUAUUUCAAAUCAAUUUAAGGCGACAGCACCAUUUCUUCCUUUCCAAUUUACUAAUCGGAUUCUCUGUGUCUCGAGCCCUUGCAUGCAUUUUACGCAUCGCGGCUAUUUGCAAACCACAGAAUCUCAAUCUGACUAUUUCGUCCGCGGUCUUUUUGAAUGCUGGUGUUGUUCUCAUAUACUUGCUAAAUCUUGUGCUGGCUCGUCGCAUCGUUCGCGCGGUGUAUCCACGCAUCGGCUGGCACCCGCUGUUGACUGGGACAUUCUGGGGAUUGUGUAUCUUGAUCAUCAUGACUGUCAUCAUGGUCCUCAUAGCUAUUGUCCAGAGCUUCUUCACGUUAAACCCCAACACCCAUCGCAUCGAUCGACGUAUCCAACUCUAUUCCCUGACUUGCUUCACAGUGGUGUCCUUCCUCCCGCUCCCGGUGGGAAUGUUUGUUUUCUUCCCAUAUAUGUCAAGCCGACCCGCCGAGUAUUUUGAUAGGGGAAAGCAACUGCCAAAGGGUGCUGUUCUCAUCGCAGGGUCGUUUGCUGUCUGCCUGGGCGCAACAUAUCGCUGUGCCACGACGUGGAUGGCGCCCGUGCCGCUUGCUCGACCGGAGCCGGGGUAUGACAGCCUUGGCUGUUUCUACAUCUUCUAUUUCACUAUGGACAUAUUGAUAAUUGCUCUGUACGCAUGGACCGCGUCGGGCUUUCACGCUAAAAAAUUUUUCGACGCAGUGGAAGACAGCGUAAAGCGUCUGAGAACAUACAUCGACGUGUUACAAAUUCACCGCCUCGAUCGCGAGACCCCCCGAGAGGAAAUCAUGAGAGCGCUGAACGACGUGGUCAACAGUGGUAAAGUCAGAUAUGUUGGUGCCAGCUCUAUGAGGGCUUGGGAGUUUCAGGCUCUACAAAACGUGGCAACAUGUAAUGGCUGGCACCGGUUUGUCUCGAUGCAGAGCCACCACAGCCUUCUCUCACGUGAGGAGGAGCGGGAGAUGAUUGCGUACUGCCAGGAUCAGGGCAUUGGUCUCAUCCCCUGGUCUCCUUUAUCUCGUGGCAUUCUUACUCGACCGUGGAGCGUUGCCAGUUCUCGUGAAUCCCAGGACGUUGCCGUACAUCUCCUGGUCCGUGUGCGUGAAACGGGGGCAGACAAGGAGAUCGUUAAUCGAGUUGAGGCGCUGGCUAGAAAAAAGGGUAUCAGCAUGGCCCAACUUGCCACCGCCCGGUCGCUCUCCCACAAACACAUGUGUCCAAUUCUGGGACUCAAUAGUAAACAGCGUAUCGAUGAAGCAGUGGCUGCUAUCCGGGUACAGAUGGCCAACGAGAAAAUUGGGUGCUUGGAAGAGCCUUAUGUACCAAAGCAGUUGUCGAUUAUCGAGAAAAUGAAUCUGCUUUCGAGAUUUUGCUCGGCCAGGGGACUUGUGGCGGCGGUGCGCGUUAUUAGAUAG